AUGCCAUCAAAAUCACCAUCACAACCACAGCCACCACCGCCACCAUCACAACCUACAAAGCCAUCGGCCUUCCGCCUCCUGAUCCUCUCGCCCUCACCACCGAACAACACCUCAACGCCACCGCUCCGCCCAUUUCUAGAGGCAAUCACCGGCUCGCGGCCGUCGGACGACGUCGCCUCCUUUGCGGGGUAUACCUCGCACCCGCCGCUCCGGUUGAGGACGAAAUACUACGCCGCCGACGUGGGGAUCUGGUGCGAUGAACUGCCUUUGACUGUGACCUUGGAACAUGGCGACGCAGAUGGCGGGAAAAAGGCAGUGGCAACGGCAGAGGCAUCGGGGAAGGUGUCCGAGUCUGAGCCUGUCACCCUCUCGCACUGGAGGGAGCAGAUGCUCUCGUCCGAGGCGGCAGAGGUUCGCGCUGUCAUUGGUGGAAUCAUCCUAGUCCUCCCCGUGGCGACGCCACAGUCACCCAACGCAGAGACACUACGUUCGUACGUCUCGCUCGUCGAGACUGUCCAUGCACUGCGCGAGGCGGUCGAGGGCGAGAGCUAUACCCGGGACGUCGCUUCUGCCGUGGUCCUACAGGCUACGGCGCCGGCGGUGAGCAAGGCCAAGUUAAACGAGACGGUGGAGCGACUGGAAGAGCUCUGUUUGUCCGAAGAGGGCAUAUUGGGGUGGGACUUUGUCGCGUGGGAUGGGCAGCUCGAGGGGGCGGCGAGCGAGGGGAAAGAUACGAAGAGCGCAAUGGAGGGGGCGGAGGCGGAGGAUGGAAACAGGGGUGCAGAGGACGAAAGAAAUCAGUUCGGCGAGAAGACGGGGAUCAAGCGCGUGAUUGAGGUGCUCGAAGGGGUGGAUUGGUCGGCAUCGCCUCAUUUGGACGGUGAAGAUGAUGGGCACGGAGACUAUGAGUUGGCAGAACUUGACGAUGACGACGAGGACGCUGAAGGGUUGUUUUCUUCUACGUCAAAGGACAUCCUCGGAAAUACCGCAGGGCUCCUGGGUUUUGAUCAGGAGCUCCAACGCGAGAUGAUGGAGUUGAAGAUGUCGAUGCUCGGAGACGACGGUGACGACAGUGAUGAGAAUAACGGGGAGGGAUCCGAAAGGGGUCGAGAAGAUGAAGAUACCCAGGUCGAGCAGCUGCAGGUGUUGAUGGAGAGAGUCGUCGCUAUCCGCGAGGCUGGAUCUGAGAUGCCCAGGCCUGAGAGAGAAAAGUUUGCUCGGAGAGAGAUUGGGCGGAUCAUGAGGGAGAUGGGAUGA